AUGGGAGUGCUCCUCAGGAGGUUCCAGACGACUGUGGAGACGUCAUAUGUAAAUAACCUGUUGGCAGACUGUGACUUCGAAGAGCGGACGAUGGUACGGGACAUUCAGCUGGCUAAGCGUCACCGUUCGGUGAAGCAGUUAGAGCAAGCAAAGAACACACCACGUCCAUCAUGCGAUAAAUUAAAUCGAUUGAAGGAGGAGUACCCUCGCCAGUACCGACGAAGUGUUCAGUACUGGUACUAG